GAAAAGUGCAACUACUACGGUUGGUACAACAGCCGCUUCCGCUUGGGAGCCCAAUGCAAGCGAUGCGUCCACUACCGCUCAUGCGAGGAUCGCCGGCCUUCGGCUUGUGCCGAUCGCUUUGGACCCAGCAUCUGGCGAAAGGUGGCCCCGGACACUUCCACGGUUCUUCCAGGGCGAGAGUACAAGGUCGAGCCUGAGUUGACCGGCAAGUACUGCGAGAAGAACGAGAUCCUGGCUCUUGAAGAGGAUCUCGGCGGCCUGGAAGGGUGCCAGCAGGUCUGUGGCCAGAUUUCAAACUGUCGCUACUUCGCGUACUAUCCUCGAAACGAGCCUCUGGAGGAUGCCUCGGAGGCGGCUUGUUCCGCCCCCUGCCGAAUUUAUUCAGGAUGUCGCAGGCCAAGCCGCACAGCGUGCCAAACCCCACCGGUAAUGAUUUACAGUGCAAGAACUACCACCACAACCCAAGUCGUGCCUCCACCCAGCACCACCACCGCCGCCACCACCACCAUCAGCAGGGCCACCACCACCACCACUACAACCAUCACAACGACAAUCACCACCACCACCACAACCACCACAACGACGACCGCCACCACCACAACCACAACAGCGACAACUACCACAACGACAACUACCACAGCGCCAACCACCACGACGACAACCAUCACCACCACAACGACAACCACCACAACGACAGCCACCACCACGACAAUCACCACAACCACAACGACAGCCACCAUAACGACAACCACCACCGCCACCACCGCCACCACCACAACGGCAACCACCACAACGACCACCACGACGACAACCAUCACCACCACAACGACCACCACCACAGCCAUCACCACCACCAGCCCACCUCCCAGUGUAGUCUUAUCCAUCGAGGCAGGAGAUCAGUUCAGCUGUCGGAUCAAGGCCUCCGACAGCACCGUGUUUUGCUGGGGCAAAGAGGGUCUCAGGAUCCAGCCGCCGAUAGGGGUGGCAUUCUUCAGGAUUUCCUUGGGAGACACGUUCGGCUGUGGCUUGCGCGUGUCCGACCGAAAGCCGCAGUGCUGGGGCGAGAGCCCCCCGGCCGUCCCAGCGUCAGCCCCAGCACUGACCACCAUUUCAGCUGGUGCCACUCGGCACGCCUGUGGACUCGCUGAGAACCAGACAGCCUACUGUUGGGGAGACACGGAGCCCAUCCCGGCAAAUCUUCAGGAUACUCGAUUUGCCUUUAUCACUGCCAGCAAAGACCCCAACUCUAACGCUGCCUGCGGGAUUCCAGCAGACCAAGACCUGGGUGUGCAAUGCUGGGGCUCACCGUUGCCAGCAGGUGGAGUGCCGACAGGCGUCAAUUUCUCGAGCAUCGGUCUUGGACAGGGUUUCGGGGCCGGCAUCAACAGGGACACCCGACUCGUGGAGUACUUUGGAUUUGGAGAGUGCACCGGCAGUAUUCAAGGGACUGAGGAAAGGUGGACUUGCACCGGGAACGACGCCUACGGAUUUGUGGAUGACCUCCUCGGAUACUUUCCCCCUGCCCUCAGUGGCCGUAACGUUGCGGUCGAGGACCCCAUUUCUGUGGGCCGGAAUGGGGCAUGCGCCCCAGUACGGUCGGGUGUUCCAGGGCCCGAAGGGUUGUAUGCCCCGCGGUGCUGGGGCAGAAUUGACUUUAACAUCAAUGAGUCUGCCACCCCAGACUCCAAAGCCACGCCAUAUACUUUCGAUCUCUUGAACAGCACUGCUCUGACAGGAAUCUCAGUGGGGGUCGCACAUGCCUGCGGCCGGAGGUUGGAGGUUUUUGAGCCAAGCCCUCAGGAGGAAUUCUGUUGGGGUUUCGAGUCCCACGGUGAGUUCGCACCAUCAAAUCCUUCACCAGUACCAACCCCAACCCCGCCACCAAUCACCAGUCCGAGAACCAUCUAUUCAGUAGAGGCCGGAGAGCUUUUCAGCUGUCGAAUCACCGAGUCCGACAACACGGUUCAAUGUUGGGGGAGACCGGGCCCCAGAACCGAGCCACCAGGCGAGGCCUUCUUCCAGAUCUCGCUCGGACUUAAAUUCGGGUGCGGCGUGCGCCUGUCUGACCAAAAGCCGCAGUGCUGGGGCGAGAGCCCCCCGGCCGUCCCAGCGUCAGCCCCAGCCCUGACCACCAUUUCAGCUGCUGCCGAGGGCUUUGCCUGUGGACUUACUGAGAACCAGACAGCCUACUGUUGGGGAAACGCAAAGCCCAUCCCCGCAAGUCUUGUGGAUACUCGAUUUGCCUCCAUCACUGCCAGCAAAGAUCACGUCUCCGACGCUGUUUGUGGGAUUCCGGUAGACGAAGCCCUGGGUGUGCAAUGCUGGGGCCACCCGUUGCCGGACAGCGGGUUGAUCGGCUCCACCAAGUACUCAAGUAUCGGACAUGCAAAGUUCUGGUGUGGCAUCAACAAGCACACUAGGGUGGCGAAGUGCUCCGGAGGUCCAGAUGGUUUGGUGAGCGACCUCCACCAACCUGAGCUGCGAGUCGAGGAUCCCAUCUCCGUCGGUCCCUUUGGCGCAUGCGCGCUGAGAGUGGUCGCAGGCAUCACCGAGCCGCAGGCAGCCCCAAGGUGUUGGGGCAAAGUCGAUCGCUUCAUCCAGGAUGACAGCAACGUACGUCCCAAGGAGAUUGCCAUGCCCUACGAUUGGAAGGACCUCGGGUACCGCAACCUGACGUCUGUCUCGAUGGGUUUUUCCCAUGCGUGUGGCCGCAGAGAUGAUGGUGCAGCCGUGUGUUGGGGCUUCGACUAUGCUGGUGAGACAAGCCCUCCAUAG